AUGCAGCACCCAAGCCGUGAUCUAUCAACCCUGAAGCUCCGGCAGGACGUGGUCGCAUUCUUUAUGAGGUCUCAAAGCGACUCCAUGCUCAGGAAUAUUUGCUCGUCGCUCAGGUUUAUUAAGAAUGUCAAUGGUAUGUUAGCAAAAAUUAAGGCAUUGUCAGCGAAACCGUAUCAAUGGAAAUCUCUAUACAAUACAUUGUACAAUGCUGUGUUGAUUUGCGAGAUUUGUGAAAACGGGGGCGAUUCUAGUGAAUUUCUUGUUAAACUAGCUUCGUGUGACAAUAAGAAACUGUAUGAGAUGGCGUUAUACAUGAACAGGAUCAUCGACUUCGAUCUCUCUAAAUCUGAAGGAAAAUUUACAGUUAAAGCGGGAGUUGACCCUGAUCUUGAUAGAAAAAAACAAACCAUGGCAAGCCUACACGGUCUAAUGUCUGAGACAGCUAAAGUGGAACUGGAGCGUCUCCCCCCGUUCAUUGAGGAAUGCACGAUGGUGUACAUGCCACACCUGGGGUACCUGCUAGGCGUUAAGGCCUGGGCUGAUAACCUCACGCCGCAACAGAAAGAACUACCCGCCAUGAAGUUUAUGUUCCAAAACAACGAUUACAUACACUACAAGAGCGCUGGUUGUGAAGAGUUAGACGUGAUGAUAGGCGACACUUACCCUGAGAUAGUGGCGCACGAAACCCGGAUAAUGAUGCGGCUCACCACCAUCAUCAUGGAGAACUUGCACACGCUCGCCAGCGUCAUCGACAUGUGUGCUGAACUUGACUGGUGA